AUGAAGUAUAUCAAGAACGCCAAGUCCGGCGCGACGGGCAAGCGCAUUCACCACUGCAAUGCCUGCAAUGCAGCCAUUAAAGAUAGUUGUAUCGGAACCCACGUAGAGUAUUGUGAGGAGUGCGGGCACAUAUUUGCCCUCAAGCAUGGAUGCUCCCAGCAUCCAUACUUGGAUGGACACAACCUCGACAAAGAGGCCGCGUUCAAGAAUCGUCCUAAGAACCGAGUAGUCCAGCUCUGCGGUUUCGGCAAGAAGAAGGUCGAAGAGCCUAAGGAAGAGAAACCUGGGCCAGCGUUCGACACCGACUGGCAUGCCCCAGAGGGAAAGCGACGAUUCUAUCGUCGCAAAAAGAAUAAGGAUGGGAACAAGGAGGAUGAAGCGGCGGAUGGAAAGCAGAAGGCUUCCACGGGCCCUCCAAAGCAGAGGAAGAAGGGUGCAAAGACCCGGAAGGGCGCACAGACGGCGGCCUUUUAA